GUGUCUCGUGUCAACAGACUGACUCACACACAAAGCGAAAUAUUUUUGGAUAAUUUGGGGUUUUCUUAAAUGUAUUUUAGCAAAUGGAAAGUCACAGAGAAGAAGGGUGAUUGAUGUGAUUCUUCAUAAUUGAAAAUCUUCCACAGAGUACUUAAUUUUUCAGAUUAUGGGUUUAUUAUUUUCAAGGCUGUGGAGUUUAUUCACCAACGAAGAACAUAAAGUUAUCAUAGUUGGUUUAGAUAAUGCUGGAAAAACAACUAUUUUAUAUCAGUUUUUAAUGAAUGAGGUUGUACACACAUCACCAACAAUAGGGAGUAAUGUGGAGGAGGUUGUGUGGAAGAAUAUUCACUUUUUAAUGUGGGAUAUUGGUGGUCAAGAAAACCUGCGUACCUCAUGGAAUUCUUAUUACAGUAAUGUACAGUAUGUGAUCAUGGUUAUUGAUAGUACUGAUAGAGAAAGAUUAUCUAUUACCAAAGAAGAACUGUAUAAAAUGUUAAAUAAUGAGGACCUAAGAAAAUCUGCAGUAUUAGUUUAUGCUAAUAAACAAGAUAUCAAAGGUUCAAUGUCUGCAGCAGAAAUUUCUCAGCAUCUCAACUUAACAUCAAUCAAAGAUCAUCCUUGGCAUAUACAAGCUUGCUGUGCUCUCACAGGGGAAGGAUUAUACCAAGGAUUAGAAUGGAUAACAAAUCAACUAAAAAGACGGUGAUAGUUGUAUACUUUAGUACUUAUCUAUAAGCCAAAAUACAAUAUGUCAUUAAGUAUUCUGAUUGCUAUUAUUUACUAGUGAACAUUUUCAUUGACAAGGUUACCAGAGACACAAUAUAUUUUUUUCAAGGUCACAUAUUAACUUUGUUGAACAAGCUAUAUUUUGUAAAAUAAAAGGUAAAUAUGAAAAACAGAACAACACAAUGUAAGAAUUAGCUACGAAGUGGCACAUGGUAGAAAUUUACUCUACAUAAAUGUCUUUGAAUCUAAAUGUUCUGUUACUUUUAACUUGUUUCAAUAAUAAUUAAGUAAUAUCUAUAUGUAUUACCUGGGAAUACAAUUUAAAUUUAUUUGUAAGAAGAGAUAUUAGGUUACAAUAGACAUGGAUAGUUUGAGAUUUAUAAUUGUGCCACAUUAAAUGGUUCUUACAUGGAAAAGGAGUUCAAAAUAACUUCUAAUUGUGAAAAGUCUUAAGGCUGCUCUGUCCUAACUGAUACUCCUUAAGUCAUAAGUUAUGACAGUACUUAAGCUAGUAUGACCAUAAAUUGAUAUCACUUCUUUACAAAUGUUUAAAAUCCCAAGGUAAAUUUAUACUUAACUGGUCAUUGCAAGAAAAUUAAUAAACAUCUAUAUAAAAUGACUUUAACAUAUUAUAUUGGAAAUAGUUGACCAAAUCAAAAAACACAAAAAAGACAUUAAAAAUGGUGCAGUUACUGAAUUUGUUCACCUUUUAAAAGAUAUGUGAGUAUCAUUGUUGUGAUUAUAACUCUGUCAAAGGGUAAAUGAUUUGUUUGAGUCAUGAACAUUUUACUUUUUGUAUGAACGAAAAAAAAAUAAGUGCUUUUGUUGAAUGAUAUUUUAUUAUUGUAAAUACAUAAUUGUAGUAAAUUGUAAAUAUAACAUUUUUUUAUUGUCUGGUCCUUUUUUAAUGUUUAGAAUUUAACCUUAAAAAACUACCUAUUUUUAUACGCCUGUUUACGGGACGUAUUACGGUAUACACGUUGUCCGUCCGUCAUCCACUUGUCGUACAAUAACUCAAAAACGCUUUAACCAAUUUGCAUGAAACUUUAGUGAAUUGUUUAUAUUUGUUGACGUGAGCUCCCUUUCGUUUUUUAUAAAUUUUAGAUUUUACAUUUCAGAGUUAUGGGGUGUUAUUCAUUAAAAAAUGGGGAUUUUCCAGUUUUCGGACAAUAACUCAAAAAAUGCUUUAUGCUGCUUUCAUGAAACUUUGAUGAACUAAACAUCUAUUGAAAUGAGCUGCCUUUCGAUUUAUAUUUUUAGAUUUUACGUUUCCGAGUUAUGGGGUUUUAUUCAUUAAAAAAGGGGGGAUUUUCCAUUUUUCAGACAAUAACUCAAAAGUGCUUUGAGCAGUUUUCAUGAAACUUUGGUGACUGCUUUAUUUCUAUUGACGUGAGCUCCCUUAAGUUCUUUUAUAAAUUUCUGAUAUGACAUUUAGGAGUUAUGGAAUAUUAUUCUUUGAAAAAGCGACGGGCGUAUCAUGCGCUCAUGGCGCAGCUGUUUAUUGCAAUUCCUGUCAGUAUAAUUUAAGUCAGUGGCAUACACAUGACUGGUUGAAAUUAAUAAAACAGAGAAAUUAAAAAUCUAGCAGUUAUUAUUCUAUUUAAUAUCAUGAUUACUAUAUGUUCUAAUUGACAAAAAGGAAAUUUCGUGCAGCAUUCAUGUUCGUACCAACUAGUAACCAGAUUCUUCUUGUCAUUUUUUGAUAAUCUAAUUUUUGUUACAAACAGAAUUAUCAUUUGAUCUAAUAUGUGUACGUCAUGUACCAAGUAUUAGCCAUAAGUAAUGCGAUGAUUUACAACAAUACAGGCUGUUGAAUCUUAAGUUUGUCUCAGGAAUUGCUGUGAAAUUGCAUGUAGUAUUAAGGUUACCGUGUACAUAGAACUUUCUUGAUAAUAUUUUUUUUUUCCUUUUUAAACUGUAAAAGAAAUUUUAUUUGUGGGUGUUUUGGAAAAAAGCUUGUUCUUUAUAGUUGACAUGUAACUAACGAUACAAUAGAAAAUAAAUCUAUUUAUUUGUAUUAAAUUUCAAAUGAAUAACAUAACUGUACCAAUGCACAUUUGUUAAGAACUAUUUAAAUGAAUAUUCUUUUUUAUGUGAUAAUUUUCCAUCUCAAGCUGCUGAGCUGAGAUUGGUUUUCUCAGUCAGGUUUAUUGACAUCAUAGAUGGUGGAUAGUUGUCUCAUUGACAAUCAUACCACAUCUUCUUAUGUUAUUAUGGUGACACUGACAUUAGAAAUAGCUAUAAAUAGAUUAUCUUUGGUCAAUCACACUUAGGGAAAUUGUAGUCUAGAUAGUUCCUCUUAUUUUCAUAACCAUAGAUAAGCUAUAUUUAUAAGGCCAGUAUGAAGAGAGACUGCUCACUCACUUUGCUUUUCUGUACAUUGUUUUUUAAAGAACUUAUCUCAGAAUUAUAAGCAUUCUUUGUGUAGUUGUAAAUAGAUUUCAUUCAAGAAGUGUUGCAUGUUCUUAAGAUAUGACCUAUAAGCUGUAUAUCAGGUUUUUUCUACAUGGUUUUAAAAAGUCCUCAAUUGUUUAGCCUCUCCUGUUAUAUUUGAUAACGGGAUUGUAUUUAUUAGUGAACUAGAAACAUACAUCAUUGUAAAAAAAUAUCAUCAAUUGUUUAGACUUCUAAUAUAUUUAAUUUCUUGUUCGUAUUAGAUAGUGAACUAUUUUUUAGAAAUAAACAUUAAUAAUUGGAUAAACAUGGACAUUUACUAUAAAAUGUUGUGUAUAAAAUAGUGCUUUGAAUUUGAUGUAGCUUUCAUAAAAAAAGAAGAAAAUACUGUAGUGAUGAUACCUAUAAAACAUUUGGUAAUUUCAGAAAAAAAUAGAUAAAAAAAAAUGAAUUAGAAUUUUGACUGAUUUUUAAGUGUGAAUGUUAUAUGCCAUUAAAUCACCAUUGAUGUUAUCAGAAUUAUAAUAAAUAAACCACCAACAUAUAUCAAAAUAGAAACAUAUCUCUUGUCAUUCUCAUUGGAAUACAUGAAUGGAACACUUGUGUGAUAUGUGAGUCAUGAUGUGCAAAUGUAUAUGCAAGUUUUAGUGUGUGAGAUAUUACAUUGGACAAUAAUAAGUUAGUAGCUGUAUAUAAAAAUAUGAAUAAAAGGAGAUGUGGGUAUUGUAUGAGUAUGAAUAUUUUUACUUUGAAAACAAAGAUAUCUUAGCAACAUGUUUAGAGACAUGAUUUUCCCCUCUUUAUUUUAAAGGAGGAGGUAUGGAAAGAGCCAUUAUUUGGCCCCUGAAAUUGUCAAAAUAGUUAAAUUAUUCAAGCCUUUCAAAAUUAUGUUAAUGUUAUUUAUAAAUGAACAGGUUAAUACAAUCGGGACACUCUAGAGCAAAGAUGUCACUUUUGAAGUCACUGUGACAUCAUAAACAUGUUAAAAGUUACGCAUUUGAAUUAAAAUGGGCGUUUCACCCACAAUUUUGAGUCAAACUAUGAGAAACAGCUUUUCCCAAAAAAGAUAUUUUACAAACAUAAACAUCUUUGAAUAAAAUACAUGGUGUAGCAAAAUAUCUUUUUUGGUAAAGAUAAUGCUCAUAUCUUAAUAUUAACAACUAUAUUUUGAAAUGAGGCUAUUUUGGCAGUUAUUGCUGUUUUAUGCUAAAUGUAAGAAGUUUGAAGCUCUAAUACCAAUGUGUAAGACAAAAUUUAAAAAUAUAAAAACAGGAGUCUUAUGCUCAUCUGAAAGAUAAUAUUUGGUAGAUUUAUAAUAAUUUCAAGGGUCCAAAAAGUGGCCUUAUCAUCAUACUUUCUCCUUUACUUAAAUUUAGAAAAAAUCCUAUUUUUCUAUAACAUACUGAUUUUUUCUGAUAUCAAUAAUCUUGUCUAUUUUUUUUAAGUAUUUUACAGACUAUUUAGUUAUGUAUUUAAGGAAAACAAUUUUGAAAUCUAAAUCUUGUUUUUAUGCCUAGCCUACAAUAGUAGCGUUAUGGUUUCAUGGCUUUUUGUCAUUGCAUUCCUCCUCUAAGUUUAAACUGUUUGUCUAUUUCAGUUUUCCGUGAAUUUGUGGUCAUAUCAACUUAAAAGGUAAUACAGGUGUUCUAUAAGAUGUUAAGAUUUUAAAAUGUAUGCCAAAUUAGGGUUCGACCCAUAUUUCAUGGUUCACUGGACAAGGUAAUUUUGAUAGUGCAAGCAUGGCAUGGACACACAUUCUUGUUUUUAAUAGGUAAGGAGGCAUUUAAGUGUUGAGUAGUCAAAUUUAGGAAAUGUAAAUUAUUCUGUAUUGUGUCUUGUUGUUAAGUAUUGUAAAUUCCACAUAUUUGCAUAGAUUACAGUGCUGUAAAUGUCAAUGGAAAACAGUCUCUGUACAGCUUCCACAUUUAAGUUUUAUUUUUAUUUUUUUGUAAAAUUACACUUGCUUGUUGUAGCAACAAGCAUUCAAUAACUUAUUAUGUUAUUAUUAAUUUUUGUACAGAUUUAAGAAAUUUGAAUGUUUUAUACAAAAACCUAAUGUUAUCUGAAAAACUAAUUUUAAGAUCCCAUUAUUUUGUAAAUGAACAGAACAAACAACAGUAAGUUUUAUUUGCGGAAUUUGCAGAUUAAAAUAUAUUUAAUGAAUUACCCCAUGAUUUGAUUUCAACAAAAGUCUUUUUGAAUCAAGUCUGAAGCAAAGAGUAUGUUUAAUUCAGUAGAUAUUACAGUUCCAUUUUGUCAGAAAUGUGUUUUUAUGUAACUAUUGCAUUCACAUAUUGUGUGGAUGCUUGUAUGAAUUUCAGUGACUGUAUUGUUAUAAUAUUGAAAAUAAAAAUCAAUUAUAAAUCCUA